AUGUGGGCAAACAGCAGUUUGAUAAGUGAAAGUGGUGACAGUACUCGAGGUGUACGUCUUACUUGUGAUCCCAAGCAACGUCGAAUGACGAUCGAGCGAGAAACGAACGAUCCGUCAGGUUGGAACCUUCAAUUGUCGGAUCAAGAACUCGUCUCGGAUCUCUUAGCUACACUUCCAAAACUCAAAGCAGCAGUAGAUGAUCAUGAAAAUCGAGCUCCUAAUUGGUUGCGGAAGUCCAAAAGUGGUGACCCUGUUGAAGUGUACGAACUUUUACCUACACGCGAUGGCAAAGGCGAUGAUAUGGAUCUUGUUCAUUCGGUUGUCGCGACAAUUGAAAUUGAAUGUCAUUUAAAUGAAGUUCUGAACGUAUUAACAAGUCACAAGACUAACCACGAUUUAGAAGCAUCGAUGCGAGCUAUUAUUCCAAAGAAAAAAGUUCGACACGGUGAAGUGCUACUUCAGCCUCAUGCUACAACAUUAGACGGAGCACCUGUACGACGGAUACAACAAUCGUCACGUGGUCACUAUGGAAAAGUGUACGACCAAUCGGAUGGUGACGAUGACGACGAAUCGGAACGGAAAGUUCUUGUAAGUGUCAGUAUGACACGAUUUAAGUCCAAACGACGACUUGAUGUUCGUGGUCGACUUCGUAAUCGACAUCAACGACUACAAAAACUCUGUCUUGCUACACUUACGCACCAAUUUGUGGGUAAACAACGUGCUGUGCAUGUCAUAAAGACACUUCCUCGCUCUGUACAUGACCAACUUGCUCCAAUUGAAGAAAAGCUUCAAAGUCGAUCUGUUCUGGGCAGUGGCUUACGUGGAUUAGAUCAUAUUUCUGUCGGGUUUGAUAUUCAGACGAGAACAGUUCAUUGCAUUGGGGCUCGAGGGGCUGCACAAUCAACUCGAAUUAUUGCUCAUGGUUACGCGUCAAUUACACCACCGGAACAGUUUGGACAGCAACAGCAGCGUACAAUGACAUCGUAUAGUCCAUCAGAAUUGGCCCAUUACCGCUCGACGCAUAUUAAUGCUGAAGCCAAACAUGUCAUUGAACUACUUACGACAUCAUUGAUGCAAUUUGAACGUGUCAUUCGUCGUCGUCGAUUAGGUUUACAGACAUUUAUCAAGAUUAAACCAGGGGAUCGAGAUGCUCGUCGCCAUAGUCUUCAAACAUGUGAUGUGUGCAAUAAUCACUUUUCGAUUCUUCGACGUGAGCACGAUUGUCAACUCUGUGGUCACGUCUGUUGCGGCGAGUGUUCAAAACUGUACGAAGUGGAAGGAAACGUUGGUCAAGUCUCAAAAAAGCGUUUGUGUGUUCGAUGCAUCACAAAUGUUGAUUCCUGUGUAUUUGAAGAUGAGGAUUUUAUGACCGCUUUAGGACCGGCUGUAAUUGACGAUGAUACAGAUCGAGACAAUGAUGACGAGCAUGAAAGCGAGCACCAGGAAUACGACCGUCGCGACGAUAAUUACACGUGUGGAAGCGUGGGCUCUACUGUCACAUGCUCGGAAUUUGAAAGUGGGGACAGUCCCGAUGAUGUUUCGACCGAAUUUUAUGGCGACUCAACUCUGGAACGGUCACGAGCAUUGCAAACGCUUGAUCGACUUGUGAAUGCUCAAGCACAAGUCCGUCAUCAACCUAAUUACUUGAAACGCUCUCGUCUUACCCAAUCUCAGCUGUAUCAGUCACAUACCCAAUUAAGUGAAUCGAAUUGGAGUCAAAGUCAAUCGCAAUUCCAACAAUCGCAUUCACGGUAUCGUCAGACUCCGAAUUUAUAUCGAGAUCAUACUCGAGAUACACAAUUGACACAGAGUCAACUUAGUCACUCGCAGUUUCACUCGUCACGAGAGACACACUUGACGCAAAGUCAAUUAAGUCAAUCGCAGUAUCGAGCUCAAACGUAUCGCGACACGCAACUCACGCAGAGUCAACUCAAUCAAUCGCAGUCACGAUUCCAUGAUUCGCAUUUAACGCAAAGUCAACUCAGUCAAUCACAAAGUCACUUUCGAGGCACAAAUCUAACAGAGUCUCAAGUUGGGCAUUCAAAAAGGAAUUUCCCGGAAUCCCACUAUACGCAGAGUCAAUCAAAUCAUCAAUUUCACCAAUCACGAUAUAGACAGGGUCAGUACGACGAUUCCAUUGUGGCUCAGCUUCGAGUGGAUGUCGAAGAUCACUUGAAAAGGACAUUGCGUGCUACACUUCAAGAAACAAAAAAGAAUUGUGCUGGUGCAGAUGAAUCGCAAUUUUCCAUUGCACCUCUUGAACGAGAUUAUCAACUCGAGUUUGAUGGCAGUCAGACUAUGUCUCCAUCUCAUCCAUUGCCACCAAAGCCACUUCCAGCUCAAGAACGACGACGAUUGCACUACGUCAUCAGUUCCGGCGCUUUGAGUCCAACGUACGAUCGAAGUGCACUCAAUAUGCUUGCACAGAUUGCUGCGACGCAUUUGAUGUGUCCAAUUGGAUACUUGACAUUAAUUGAUCAAUCGACUCAAUAUGUCGUUGGACUCCAUCCUCCUGGUGCCAUUAGUAUGUCACUUCCGCGAGAGGAAUCCAUGUGUUCGUACACGAUAUACCACGAACGUCCAUUGGUCGUCAAGAAUGCAUUGAAUGAUAUUCGAUUUAGUCACAUGGGUUUUGUGAGUCAAACGGGAUUGCGAUUUUACGCAGGAUUUCCAAUUCGAGCUCCUGAUGGUGCAGUGGUUGCAACGAUCUGUGCAGCUGAUUAUAAACCACACAAGUAUAUUUCUGCAAAGCAGUACGCUGAAAUGGAGGCUUUAGCGGAUUUAGCGAGUACAUUAAUCGUCACGCCUGAUAUAGUCAACUCCUCUCUGCCAGACACUCCAAAGAUGAUGUCCGCAUUGCUGCGCAUUAACGCGGCUCAACGUCUUCAUGUCGCCUCAUUAUUUCCCAAACCAGGAUCACAUCUCAGUCAUAUACUCUAUCCACUCUCAUCUCCAUUAAAUGUGCGUGAAAUUUCUCAGAGCCGCAUGCUGUUGAAACGAAAAGGUGGCGCCUCAGCUUUUGUGGUCAAGACCUCGAACUGGAACCGUAGCAAAGGAAACAAGAGCCACAAUGCGCUUAAUACUAAACAAAAGCUAAAAAAAGACACGGCGCCGCAUCGUACGCACCAAGAGCGCACGCACGAGCUGAAGGUCGCGCAGCGUAUAAACGAGCAUAAUGCCAAAGAGUGGGCGGCUCUAGAGCGCGAUAGCGAAUUAACUAGCAAACUCGAUGACGUUUACGACUAUUUAAACAACUCUGGAGCAAUAAGCGACUAUAUCUACGCGCCAGAACCGAGUUUAGCCGACGUUGAUCACUUGGACGCGCUCCACAAGCUCAACGCCAUCGCUCAAGGCGACCCGAACACUAUGAAGGAAGUCAAAGAGACACAAUUGACGUCUAAUGGCGAUCUUGAAGUUGCUGGGAAUGAGGAAGUGCAACAUGAGCUGACCGUUGAUGACUACAACUUUCUUCUUAGAGUGUAUGCGCUUAAAGGCCUCCACAAGGAAGCUAAUGCCUUGCUGACUAGAAUGGAGAAGAACUUAGAAUCUAUCGCCGUGGAGAACACGGUAGUACAUGUCAAACCCACAGACAAUACCGAGCUCGAGCUUCUGGAUGCGCUUUUGAGUGUGCCCCAUGUAAUCUCGCCAGACGCCAAGUCGUACAUGUUAUACGCCACGGCGCUGGGUGAAAAUGGACACGCAGCGCAUGCUGUACGCGUGAUUGGACGCAUGAAAGAGCGCGGGAUUAAACCCACCGUGGCAGUUUAUAAUGCAGUUAUGCGUGCGUGCACUAAGGCCAAACGACUGCCUUGGGCAUACAAUGUGAUGGAGAAAAUGCAAGUUUCUGGCUUCGUACCCGACCGCGCGUCGUUUACGAUUUUGAUGAACGCCGCCAUUUGUGAGGGAGACCUUGACAAGGCAUUUGAGACUUUCCACUUGAUGCGGACUCAUGUUACUGAGCCGGAUGAGGUGGCUUUUAGCUGUUUAAUUAAUGGCUUUGCGCGUGAGGGACGUGUGGAGCGUGCUUUGAACUUGUAUGAAGACUUGCUCGAGUGCGGCCUGACACCUUCUCUCGUGACGUUUAAUACGUUGAUGAAUGCUUGUGCAAAGUCGCACUAUUAUGCACACAAAGCCCUUGAUUUUUACUACGAGAUGCAGGAAUUGUAUGACUAUCGACCUGAUUUGUAUUCGUACACGACAGUGCUUCACGCAUGUGCCAAGCACGGUGACUUCAUCCAGGCUGAACAAAUUAUCAGUCACAUGGAACGCCACCACGUGCCUAUGACAGAGUUUGUAUACAAUACGCUAUUUAACGUGUAUGCGCGGGCACAACUGAGGACAAUUGUGAACAAGGCUCCACGCAAUCAAAAGGCUUUGAUUCAGCCAGAACCAGUUUAUCAAGAGCCGCUAGAGUGGGAUGACGAAGGAAAUGAAAUUGAUCUGACUCGUCCGGGCAAGGAAACUUUCUCCUUUGAAAAUGCUAAUUAUGAUGCAAGUCUUGAUGAGGAUGAUGCUGAAGAGGAUGAGAUGAACGAAUCUGAGAGUUACAAGCUGAAGCCAGAGGCUUUGGCACAGGUGGAAAGGCUGCGUCAGAAGGAUCAGGCUGAAUUUGACAAGCUGAAGAACGCCGAGACGACAAACUUGGUUAAGACCGAGCGGAGCAUGGAAGUAUAUGGCGAGGAAGACAAAAAGCUGUUUGCGGACAGUGAAGAAUCCCUCAACUUUGAGCUAAUUCCAAUGGAUCUUAGCGACUUCGGAAAAUUCCAGACCCUUAACAUCAAACGUGCUGAGGCUCGCUUUCAUGAGAUGACGUUUGAAAAGGGCCUCAACCCGUCUGUGAUCACGCUAAAUUCGAUGAUUUCCGUGUACGCCAAUGCCCUCCGGCUUCGCUCUGCGGAAGUAUUUUUAAAAGAUACAUUUUCGAAGUUUGAUCUUAAACCAAACGAGUUUACGUACCGAACUAUGAUGCAGAUGUACGUACGUGCCAAACGGACGAUGCAGGCUGAGCAGUUAAUAGAGCUUGUGCGCUCAGAAAUCGAUAGUGGUGACUUAGAAGCAGAUGACGUGACGUUUGGCUUGUUGGUGGAUCACUACGCAAGAAAGCGUUUGAUGCGCCGCGCAUUGACGACGCUAGAGGAGGCAGAUACAUUGGGUUUGCAGCUGCAAGAAAAACAUCUCAAGAAAAUUCGCGCUCUGACUGAAAAUUAUGGCAUCUUUUCCGACCUCAUUCCCGAGGACCCAAAUGCUGUGCUACUGGCUGGGUCUCGCCACAAGCUUAUGGAAAAGAGAAAGCUAGUAGAGUACAUUUGCUCAUUUGCAUAUGACCCUAAGUUAUCGCCAGAUAUAAAGCAAGAAGUAAAGCAACGAUCUAAGAAAACGGGAAUCGUCGAGGUCGAUCGUUUGCUCGAUCUUCAGAUGUCACUAAUGCUAUCAUACCACGACUACAGGUCGAUUUCGAAAGGUUCAUGGUGUAAAUCACGCUCUUUGCUUGCAAUAUUGAGUGCAAUGUUGUCUUCAUCACAAUUUCUCAUGUUUGCACAGGACACAAGUGAAAAUGUGAACGGAUACACACUUCUUGAGUACAUUCACCAACUGCAGCUGUUAUUGCGCGUCGCACGCUUUGUUCAUGAACGAUCCGCUCAACCAGGCGGAAUUCAAAAUGAAACGCUGUCAGAAAAAUCGUAUAUCGGUCUAAUAACUGAAAUGAUUGAAGCCUCAAGCCAUGAAUUAGUGGUGAACUGUAGCCGCUUUGUCGAAUUUUAUCGUCUGAUGGAUAAAACGCUACGUGAGCGAUAUGAUAUUCAAAAGAACUUAUUUCUUCCACAACGAAUUCGAAACAUACAUCGGCAAUAUCUUCAAUUAGACAGGGAUAGCAAUGGAAUGCUCAGCAUGAUUGAAUUAAAAGAGUAUGGAAAGAAGCGAGCGUUUAAUUCAACAGGCUAUGAGCCUACUCAUGAUCUGACAGAUGCCUUUGUGACGCAAGUUUUUGCUGAAGUCUUAGUAUUCAACGAUGAACUGGAUUAUCAUGCCUAUUUGGACUUCACACUAAUAAUGAGCGAUCGAGAAUCAGCCGCAGCACUUCGUUUCUUCUGGAGUGUGCUUGACUUUCAAAAGCAAGGGUAUCUCGAUGCAUUCACUCUCGACUACUUUCUGCGAAGCUUGCUCGAAAAAAUUUUCGCGCAUGAAGGAAGGGAGGACGCUCCGACUGUCGAUCGUUUGCGGAUGCAGAUAUUUGACGUGGUGGCCCCAAUAUGUCCUGGCAGAAUUACCUGGCAGGACCUGCAGCGUUGCAAACUUGGACACGGAGUCGUUCGAUUUAUCACCGACUAUGUUGGUUAUCGAAAGUUCGAGGACUGUGGAGGUUGCUUUCCUUCUUAA